GCGAUGGCACUUGAACACUCCACCCAAAUGCUGUGGGUGUGGUGAAAUUGGACACAUCAAACCAAUGUGCCCAAAGCUCAAGAACGAGAAGGACAAGAAGGCACCGAAGAAGCAGCGUGCCUACAUUUCUUGGGAGAACGACGGCUCCGGGAGUGAAGACUCGGAAACGGAAGAAGUGGCCAACUUGUGUCUCAUGGCCAUUGAAGAUGGUGAUACAUCAAAAGAGGUAAGUGAUCAAGAACCUUCUCCCAAUGAUCCUUUAACUCUUAAUGAUGUUGUUUGCAUUGUAGAAGACUUGGUGCCGGUCAAGAAGACGUGUUUCAUCACUGAAGCCAUGUUUUCCCGGAUCAUGUAUCGAGAGGAGGGCGAUGCUGCACCAAAUCUGGACCUGAUAGUCGCCGAAGAAGAAGAAGAAGAGAGCCAAAACGAGACUCAAGCUGAGUCAUCUCAAGCCGGAGGAAGUCGAGCCACGGAGCGCGUCACUCGUCAACGGAGCACUCGUCCAAGAGAAGAAGCACCGGAACCUUCUUGGGUGAAAAAGAUCUUUGAUACUCUCACAUGCAUCCGAGAUGACGUUCGCCAGCUCAACGAGAGGAUGACUCGUCUUGAGCAAUCUCGCUUCUACCGUGGCCCGCGUCACAGUUUUGGAGGAGGAGCUCGUCCGGCGAACUCUAUUUGAUUGUUAUUUUCUUUUUCCUCUUGACUGAUUAUGAUACAUUGUUAUUUGUUAUGACUCUUUUGGUGGAUGAUGAUGUUUCCUUUCGAUGAUGCUAGUUGAUAUUAACUGCUUGUGUAUUAAUAUCAUUGUUGGUUUGGCAAUAUUGUUCUUAUUUAGAACAUAUUGUCCCUUUGUGGCAUUUUUUUAAGAGUUCUCUUUUAAAGAAAACUUUUGCCUUCAA